AUGACCCUUUUUAUCUCAGUUUAGCGAACAAAAUAUCAGAGUAAUACUUUGAGGUCCUCGUCAUAUAGCCGCCGGUGCUAGUCAACAGUCGCCGGGUUUUGGAAAAUGAGCACGAGCCUUAUGGUCGCAGAUUCCAUCUGGAAUGACAUUGAGUCAACUCGGUCAGUGACUGAUGACCAUCUCUCCACGUCGAUUGCAUUUUAUUUUUGGGAAAAAUUUCGAGCGUGCAGCGAGGGUAGUGGAUCAAAGAGGAGUCAAACGAAUCUGCGGUCAACCCAGCGGGCGUUCCAUUUUUCAGGUCAUUGGAGAGUCAAGGAAGAAGGAGGAGUAUUUGUGCUUCCCAGAGCAUUAUUGUGCUUGCUAUUCUUUCUUUUACGACGUUGUGAACAGAGGGGAACAACUCUGUGUGAGAAUUCAUUGAACUAAAGACUUUGGUCCACCUGCCCCCUUCUCAAUUUGUUUUCUGAACAGUUAAUAGACUGCAGUGUAAGCAUCAGAUUGCUGCAAGACUUGCAAAUUCGCUAGGAGCAUGCAUUGAUGUUAUGGUGUCUGAUGAAGAGCUGGCUGUGUUGCUAUCCGAACUUUAAUGGAUUGGUCCACUUAUUAUCUUUUUCAGGAUAUAUGCCAAUCACAGGGAUUUUGCAGAUAUUGAUGCCUUGGAACAUGUAAAUAAUCAGCUUUGCCCAAAACUAAGGUUUGGAUGGAUGGUUUUGGAGGGGUUUAGAGAGGAAUAUUUUGAUUUUUUUAGUUUAUAUCUUGUUAUACAUUCGAUAUUUGAUGUUUCAUACAAAUGAAAGAUUAACAUAAUAUUUCAUCAUAUAACAUUUGGAUCACCUUUUAUCUGUUUUUAGAAACAUACUACGUACUACUUCAGGCUCUCUAAAUAUAUCUGUAUCAUGAUAAAUAAUACUACGUAGUACGUAGUACGUUUCUAAAAACAUCAUGAUAUGGACUUGGCUCUCUAAAGUCUUUCCAUCCUAACAGACCUCAAGGAUUUGUAGCAGUGCCACACCUCUUACUUAUUAGUUCAGGCAACAAUGUACAGUCAAUAGUAAGAAUAAUCCAUUCCUCGUUAUAAGGAUGAUGAAAGCAGCCGAAAUACCAUUUUAUAAACCUACAAG